AGGACGUCCUAUGAAUGGUAUAUUCCAAAAGGAAUCCUGAAGACUGGUUGGAUGAACAAACACCUGAAUUUGGUUCCAGCACUUGUUGUGGUGUUCUAUGAACUAGACUGGGAUGAACCGCAAUGGAAAGAAAAACAGUCGGAAUGUGCUACUCGAGUUGAAAUUGUCAGGCAAAGUUUGCAGGGAAGAAACACAAAAGUCGCAGUGGUUUUGAUUCAGAAAAAAACACCGUUGCCUCCAGGGGAAGAUGUUAUUGCAUCAGAGAGGGCAGCGGCUUUGUGUAAUGCUUGUGACCUUUCUGGAAAAUCCCUCUUUGUACUUCCACACACCGAUCAUCUUGUUGGUUAUAUUAUAAGGUUGGAAAAUGCUUUCUAUGAGCAUGCACAAACUUACUAUUAUACAGAAAUACGAAGAGUUAAAUCUCAUAAGGAGUUCUUGAACAAAACCACUCAUCAGCUUUUAUUUGUUAGACACCAGUUCAAAAUAGCAUUCUUCAGUGAGCUGAAACAGGAUACGCAGAAUGCUCUCAAAAAUUACAGAACUGCCUAUAAUCUUGUGCAUGAAUUGAGGGCUCAUGAAACAAACAUGCUGGAAAUCAAGACCAUGGCAGGAUUUAUAAACUACAAGAUCUGUCGCCUCUGUUUUCAGCAUAACACUCCACUGGAUGCAAUUGCUCAGUUCAGGAAACAUAUUGACUUGUGCAAGAAAAAAAUUGGCAGUGCAGAAUUGGCUUUUGAGCAUGCUGCCUGGAUGUCUAAACAGUUUCAGGCUUUUGGUGACCUGUUUGAUGAAGCGAUUAAGCUGGGAUUGACAGCAAUUCAAACUCAGAAUCCAGGUUUCUAUUACCAGCAGGCAGCCUACUAUGCACAGGAACGGAAACAACUAGCAAGUAUGCUUUGUAACCAUGAU